AUGACGAUUUAUUCACUGACUGGUCAAAGGGCAAAUAGAAGACAAACUAGAAACCAAAUAAGAGGCCCACACUCUGCCCUUACUGAUUUCUUAGCUUCUAACAAUAUAUCCGCUGCUCAAAUUCGUGAAGACUACCGAAGACGUUUAGAGGAAACUGAAGAUCAAGCUGCCAGUGAAGAACCUUCAGUCCCCGCAGAGAAUGACGAAGCUGAGCAGAGCUUCGAUGAAUCCCCGGAGCAGAAAAAGAAGCGAAAGCGAAAAGAAGCCGCUAGUUUAGCAAAAAUCAAACAGAGCAAAGAGUUCGCACGGCGCAAAGCUCGGCGAAUAGGGGAGCCAGAUGAUGACGAUAAUCUCAUUGCAAGAGAGAUAAUGUACCAGAGAUCUCGACCCAUGCCAGGCCAAUUAGAGAAUUGUGAAAUUUGCAGUAAACGAUUCACAGUUACGCCAUAUAGCAAAACAGGCCCCAAUGGGGGGCUCCUAUGUGCGAAGUGCUCCAGGAGUCUAGAAGAUGAUGGGAAAAAACCUAAGGCUAAGAAAUGUGGACCAAGGACUGGACGCCGUCAGAAUCAGAGCAAUCUACUUGACGGUAUAGCCCAACAAGGUGCUUUGAGCUUGGCUGAAAUGUGCAUAAAGAAAAUUGCCGAUAAUAUCAACGAUAUCGAAGAAUUCGGGGACUUGCCUUCCCCACUACUACAUCGCCUUGGCCAGAUUCUAUCCAAGAGACGUGCCUUGACAUCGAGGACCCUCAAUCUGUUUCUGCGACCUGAUCUGGACUCGAUUAACAUUUAUGACUCCGCUAAACUAGAGACAGACGAUUUCCAGAAGAUAUUUGCCUUCAUGCCUACCCUUACGAAUGUCAACCUUCGUUUUGCUGGUCAAAUGAAAGACACAGUCGUCGAAUAUUUAUUGGGGCGUGAUCUGAGGUUGAAAUAUUUGCAGCUGGAUGCUGCCAACCUGGUUUCAGACUCAUAUUGGCGACGCCUGUUCGAAAAACUUGGUCCCCAAUUAGAAUCCCUAAAGCUGUCCAACCUUGAUUCUUCCCUUGACGAUGAGACCGUUGAAGCGAUGUGUAGAAACUGCACUGAACUUCGUCGCCUGAAGUUGAAGCAAUGCUGGAAAGUUGGCCAUAUCUCCUUGCAAGCUCUCUCGUCCUUGACAUCUUUAGAGCAUUUGUCUCUAGACCUUGUUCAAGAGACACCAAACGACAGUCUUAUAAAAUUGGUCUCUACGGUCGGCCAAAGGUUACAUACACUAUCUUUAGAGGGCUUUGCUAAUGCGGACAAUUGCGUUCUGGAGACCAUCCAUAAUAAAUGCCGAGCCCUUUCAAAACUUCGUUUGUCAGGCAACGUUGUGUGCACCGACGAAGGCUUCGCGAAACUGUUCACUGAGUGGCCAAACCCUCCACUGGAAUACGUUGAUUUAUCCUCUACACGAGAUGUGGAUAACUCAAAUCCGGAUGGCCCUAGGGAUGCAAUUGGGCUUGCCUCUAAAGGCCUUAUUGCCCUUAUGGAUCACUCAGGUCCAGCAAUACGGAAAUUGAAUAUAUCAUCCUGUCGCCAUGUAUCGCGUGCUGCCUUCGAGAAAAUAUUUUCGGAUAGCAAAGUCUAUCCCAACCUGAAGGAAUUGGAUAUCUCCUUCCAUACCGUCAUGGACGAUUACCUCGUAGGUCGAAUAUUACAAUGCUGCCCAGCAAUCAAGAAGCUGGUCGCUUUCGCGUGCUUUAAUGUGAGAGAUGUCCGGAUCCCCGUCGGUGUUGCGUUGGUUGGAGGGCUUAAAGCACAAGACACAAUCGUUGUCGAAGGCAAGUCCUAA